CCGGAAGUGGUCGCUUGUUGUUAGCCUCGGUCGCCUCGUUAGCUCCGGGUUCGGGUUCAGUUUUUCUGUGCGCUGUGACGCUGUGGACAGAGCCGGGAUGGCAGUGAGCGCCUGUCACCUGGAGUCCGACGCUUUCCUGGUUUGCAUGAGCCACGCACUUAGCACCGAGAAAGAAGAGGUGAUGGGGCUGUGUAUUGGCGAGCUGGAGCCCAGCCGGGUGGUCCAUGUACACUCUGUGAUCAUCCUGAGGCGUUCAGACAAACGGAAGGACCGCGUGGAGAUCUCUCCGGAGCAGCUGUCUGCAGCCAGCACAGAGGCCGAACGGCUGGCAGACAGCACAGGGCGGCCCAUGAGGGUGGUGGGCUGGUACCACUCCCACCCCCACAUCACUGUGUGGCCCUCUCAUGUGGACGUGCGCACACAGGCCAUGUACCAGAUGCUGGACCAGGGGUUUGUGGGGCUCAUCUUCUCGUGCUUCAUCGAGGACAAAAACACCCGUACAGGACGUGUGUUGUACACCUGCUUCCAGUCCACAGCCAAAGGCUCUGAGUAUGAACGGCUGGAGAUCCCCAUCCACGUGCUGCCAAGGGAGGCUAUCGGCAAGGCCUGCCUGGAGUCUGCUGUGGAGCUGCCCAGAAUUCUGUGUCAGGAGGAGCAGGACACCUACAGGAAGAUCCAUGCCUUGUCCCACCUGGACCCAGUUACCCGCAUCCACAAUGGCUCUGUCUUCACCAAGAACCUAUGCAGCCAGAUGUCAGCAGUGAGUGGGCCCCUGCUGCAGUGGCUUGAGCACAGGCUCAGCCAUAACCAGCACUGCAUCAAUGAGCUCCAAAGAGAGAGGCAGCAGCUCAGAGAGGAGCUGGACAUGCUGUGAGCAACGUGACACCAGACACUCUCACAUGUCUGCCACCAUUUUACAAUAAAAGCCCUUCACAGAUGACGUGCACUUUCAUUUUCGAUGGAUACUGUUGGAAAAAAUACCAACAGUGUUUGUCAGACGGGAGUACUGAUGUAAUAAUAACUAUAAUAUGAGACGUCACAAGUCAUCCAAUGUGUCAUAGUUGUAUCACGCAUUAAUUUCCAGAUUCAGUGAUGCAGUGUUAAAACUCCUGAAGAGCUUUGCUCCGUUUCAGUGCAGGGAACACUUCAAAUUCUAGUCUUUAUCACUUGCAUAUUAUUUGAUAUUAACAUACUCCUAUAUUAACCCCUAGUGUUUAUGUUCCCGUUUCACACUUGGCUCCUUCCUGUUAGUCUGAUGUAUCUUUGCUGGUGUGAUGAUUUCUUUUUGGGAUUUUUGCUCAGAGGUUCUUCUUUUUUCCAAACAAUGUGCCACUUUUUCCUGUGUGUGUCUUUAUGGUGUUUCAUAUGCUGUGCGAGGAUAAAGGAGUACAGCAGGUUCACCUUUCCUGUCACUCCCUGUCUCACCAGAGCUACAGGAGAAGCCCAAGUCAAAGCGUCAGUGACUGAAGUGAUGCUGUGCUAUGGCAUCCAUUUAUUGUAAAUUUAGUAAACUGUUCAAUUAAUUAAAACUAAAUACAGAUUUGAUUUAAGCUUUUGUGGUGUGGUUAUAAUAGUGCUUUUAUGGACCUUUUUGUUUAUAUAAAUGAUCAGGUUCUACAUCUCAGAUCAGAGUUUCUGAUGUUCAUAUAUUUUAUGAUGGCAUAUCACAAUAAUCUAUUCUUUGAUAGAUUCAUAAAAAUAAUUAAAGUGAAUGUAUGGAUACUUGAUGUGAUGUCCAUUUUUGGCACUUUUUUCUUCUUCCAAAAUUCAACUCAUCUGUGCACAAAAAUGUCUUUAAUAAAUGACUCAUAUAGUAUAUAUGAACUUGCAUUAAAUUCGAAUUUUAACU